CAUUGCUCCGCAUUCGCUUGUUGCGCUCGACAUCACAUCGACGCAUGAUUCCGCCAGCAUCAUCACGACACAUACCCUGGCCAAAGCACUUCCCGCAAAUUGCUGAGACAAGCGCGCUCUGCACCUCACCACGAGACGUCCACUCAAUCCGCAAGACCCCACGAACCGAGCCACGCCUCCGCAAUACCUACCGGGAAUCCGAUCGCUCAAAGAACAAACGACCACGGCGAGGCAUUACACUCUGCCGUGACACUUCCAGAAGCUACAUCAGCACAUCGCCAUAAGACUAUCAGUCCGUGAAGUCGCGCGCCACCGCACAGGGUCCGCACAUAGCAAUGGAGGAAGAGCGUCUCUGGAAGUUCAGCAAGCCCGCGUGGCUCAACAGCGCGUGGGCGCGCACGGCUGGCGUGUACUCUGCGGGAGGACUGUUCGGUCUCGCCUUCUAUAUCCUCCUUGAUUCCGCCGUCUGGUCCAAGUCGGCCCUCAACGGGUCGGACGUGCACGUCACCUUCAUCGACUGGCUGCCCUUCAUCUUCAGCAGUCUGGGCAUGCUCAUCAUCAACUCGGUCGAGAAGUCGCGCCUGUCCGGGGACAGCUUCUCCUACUCUGGGUCCGGGGUCGCGUGGAAGGCGCGCGUCGUGCUCUUUCUGGGCUUCGCGGCGCUCGCGGGCGGCAUGGCGGGCGGCGUGUGCAUCUUUGUGCUCAAGUAUGUCGUGUCCAGCGUCCAGUGGCCCAUGAUGCAGAUGGGCGUGGAGAACGUUGUUGCCAACGCGCUCGUGGGGCUGAGCUCGGUCGUGCUGUGGAUCUCGCAGAACAUGGAGGAUGAGUACAGCUAUAACCUGUCGCUGUAAAGAGGACGAGCCAGGAAACCUGGAAAGGGCUGCGGGGACGAAGCGUGUGACAAGUGCGUCGCUGUUGCACGGUCCAGCGAUGUCGAGGUCUGCGUGUCUGGCAGGGUCUCGACCAUGGCCUUGACAGUGCUACAUGCAAGUCAGAUUGAGUUGAAUUGCAGUCGGUGGAGAGCGCAGGCCCAGGCAAUAAUGGGUUAAGAGGGUUGUUUUGCAGACGGGAAGAGCUCCAGGCGCGGAUGCAUAGGCUUUCAGUGGUGUUGAAGAUAUCAUAGGCCGCAUUUCUUUGCGUUAUUCAAGAAUAUUCGUACUCGA